ACAGGAACCACAGGAGGAGGAGGGCGGCGGCGACAGCAGCAGGAGCGGCGGCGGCGGGGGGGUCCCAGCGGCUCGGAGCCCGGCGCCCCCCCGCUCCCCUCAGUGCCGGGCGUCCCCGGUCCGCGGCGGCGGCGGCGCUGACAGCCCGCCCGGAGCACCGGGGGCGGCCGCGGCCACCAUGUCCUCCCCCAGCCCGGGCAAGAGGCGGAUGGACACCGACGUGGUCAAGCUUAUUGAGAGCAAACACGAAGUCACAAUCUUAGGAGGACUCAAUGAAUUUGUUGUGAAGUUUUAUGGACCACAAGGAACACCAUAUGAAGGUGGAGUAUGGAAAGUUAGAGUCGACCUUCCUGAUAAAUACCCUUUCAAAUCCCCGUCUAUAGGAUUCAUGAAUAAAAUUUUCCAUCCCAACAUUGACGAAGCGUCAGGAACUGUAUGUCUAGAUGUAAUCAAUCAAACUUGGACAGCUCUCUACGAUCUCACCAAUAUAUUUGAAUCGUUCCUGCCCCAGCUGCUGGCCUAUCCUAACCCUAUAGAUCCUCUAAAUGGUGAUGCUGCAGCCAUGUACCUCCACCGACCAGAAGAGUACAAACAGAAAAUUAAAGAAUACAUUCAGAAAUAUGCAACAGAAGAAGCACUAAAAGAACAGGAAGAAGGCACCGGGGACAGCUCGUCUGAGAGCUCCAUGUCCGACUUCUCGGAAGAUGAGGCUCAGGAUAUGGAGUUGUAGUAGAAGAGGCAACCUGCUUUUCAGAGAGACUCUAAUUUCCUAACCAUGAGAAGCAGACUAUAAUAUUCAUAUUUAAACAAAGCAAUUUUUUUUAUUACUAAACAAGGUUUUUAUGAAUAAUAGCAUUGAUAUAUAUAUAUCACCCUUUAGAUCUUGAUUUUCUUGGUCAUUUCUCGAACCCGAGGUGCAUAGCAUAUUCCCACAUUCCAUUUUGGUAGCAAUAUGCAGCCCGAAUGCAUGCAUUCAGAUUCCAUUUGGCCAAGUCAACUUGUGUGCUACUGAACUGUCAGCUAAAACAGCUGCCCUGGUAGGUAGGGAGUUAGCAAAAAGAUGUUUGCUUUCUUAUCGAUGUUUCCAAAGACACCACCUUGGAUGCUAACGUGGAACAGCGUUUUCUCAAAGUAUAAAAUCUGGGGGAUGAUAUACUAACCGUGUAGAUCAGACAGUGGAAUAAAAGGUGCUCCUUCAGGUCAACCUUGCUGAUCGUAUUUUAUGUGGAGUCACAUUUAAAACAACAACAAAAAAAAGAAAUAAAAACAAACAAUACAAAUGCAUGGAGCUAUUCAGAGCAUUGAAGCUUAAAAAUUUUGACUGGGAUUUUAAGUCCGUUUUUAUAUGUGGACUCCUGCCUGCCCUUCUGAACUGUAGGGACUGACAACCACUGGUCUAUUUGCUUUUGGGACUUUUGAAAGCCUUCAUCUGGAUGUUAUUCGCUUUCUUGGUCUGGAUUACGAGCUGUUCCCUUUUCGGGAGGAAAAAAAAAAAAACAAAAAAACAAAACAAAAAAACCCAAAAAAACAAAACACAAACCACAAACGAUGCUCUCUGAACAGUGCUUUGAUUUAGCUGGAGCACAUGUGAAGUCAAACUCUUACUUUGUCAUAGUUUUGAAACUGCUGCCCUUUAAUGGCUUCAAGUUUGCUUUUUUUUCUCUUGCUUGAAGUAUGGUUAAACACCUCGCAAACACUCUCCAUCUCCUAAGAGGGUCCUCUGACCAGAUGGAUUGGCCUUGCUGAGAGCUUCAGAUCCACGAAGAUUGGCCCAUUGGCUGUAGUCCACGAAUCCAUCGGCACUGAUUUUAUUUUCCUUUUUUCCUCCCCCUUCUGCACCAGCUUGGUAGCCAUCUGCUUGUGUGUGUACAACAGGAUUAAAAUUUCUUAAAAGUUAACAAAGAAUAUGAUCUAGAAAAACCUGAGAUGAAUAAAAAAGCCUAAAAGCACCAAUUGAGGAAGCAAGUGAAUCUGCUCUGUUUUGUUUUGGGUUUUUUUUUUCCAGGAUGCCUUCUGAAUUGAAAUGUUUGAUUUCUCCUGGUGUCUUUCAGCAAGCUGAGAUUUUUGUUUGUUUGUUUGUUUUAACGCUAUGGAAUCUAAUACAGUACAUGUCUACCUGGGAUGCCGGUAUACUUGAACUUGGAUAAUUGUGCAUUGGAGAUUCAAACUAAGAUGGAUUUUUAAAGCUGAAUGUUACCUGCUGUAUUCUUUUGGGUUUUUGGAGGGGUUUGGACAAGAUGUUUUAAUUUGUGGUGCAACCUACAGGACAGUGCAUGGAAAAAAAAAAAAUCAACCCACGCUGAGCAACUCUCGAGCAGAGUUUUGAAUGUCAGACUGGUACAUUUGUCAUUUUCCCUGAAUUGUUUGGUUUUUUUUUUUUUCCUCUUUAGAAAUGCCACCAAGUUUUGAGUCAUUGGGGUUGGAAGGUUACAAUCCUAUUUCUAAUUCAUAAAGCACAAUCAAUUUAUUUUUUUCUUUUGGGAAAAAAAAAACAAAACCUCGUAAAGUACCAUUUUGCUUUAGCAUGAUUUUCAUUAAUAAAAAUAUACAAAGAAUUUCCUUUAUGUUAAUUACGGGCAUGAAGCAAAGGUUUUUCCUCUCCUUUUUCCCUUUUUAUUUUAAAGCAGUAAUGUUAGGGCUGUGGCUAGUGACUGUGCUGAAGUUCUCUAUCUAGCAUUUGUGGCUUGUCGGAAGGGUAAUAUUAACUAUUUAACAUGUAAUGGUGUACUUAACUCUUAUCUAGCACGCUGUUUUUCUCAUUACUUUGGGGAGGGAGGGGCCACGUUUUGCUGGCACUGUUUAACUUGCUUAUCUGCUGACCUAGCAGUUUGCUUGUGCUAUAACCUUUACUGUAGGUGCUACUUAGGAGUAGAGUAAGUGCUGGGUGGUGAUAUCAGUUUAAAAGAUUAAAAAAAAAAAAAAAAAUCACAAUAAAAAUUUGUAUUUUUUCAAUAUUGUAUAAAAAUAGUGUUCUAAUUACCUCA